AUGCAGCUCCAAUUCACGACUGUCGAUGUCUUCACCAAGACACGCUAUGUGGGCAAUCCAUUGGCGGUAGUCCGCGUGCCGGCGGCCCUCCGCUCUAAACUCUCCGAGCAGCAGAAGCAGAAAAUCGCGAAUGAAUUCAAUCUUUCAGAGAUCACAUUCCUGCAUGAGCCGACGUCGGAAGAACCCGAAAUCGCCGACUAUGACAUCUUCACGGCGCUGUCACGGAUGACUUUCGCUGGCCACCCCACCAUAGGGACGACCAUAUACGUCGCCACGCAUGCGGCUGCAUACCCAACCGUGAGAAAGCUUCGCACUAUUGCGGGCAUCAUUCCUUUUGAGUUCAACAAGGAAUUGGGCACUGCGGCUGUGGGAAUUCCGCAUGACGUGUACUUCCACAAGGACCGCCUUCUUCCGCACCCCUUUCCAAAGUUGAACGGCUCUGACUCAUCGAAUGUACCUCUGGUGUCCAUCGUGAAGGGAAUGGCGUUCAACCUUAUCCGCAUGAACGACCUCGAUGCGCUGGCGGUUCCUACGGAAGGCCUGCUGCCGUUGGCGAAGCUUUUCAAGGGCGAGCACCUCGACCAAGGCAGCGGCUGGGAUAGUGGAUAUACGGGUAGUUUCUAUUAUGCUGACCUGGGCUACGAUGACGGGGCGCCCGAGGUGCGACAGCUACGCACUCGGAGCCUGGGGAGUAGAGAGGACCCAGGAACGGGCAGUGCAAGCUGUGCUCUCGCCAGCUACCUCAGUUUGACCGAAGAUGGAGACAGGAGGAGGAAAUUCCAUCUCACACAGGGUGUAGAGAUGGGACGUAGAUCCGACAUCUACGUGGAGGUAUUAUUGAAAGAGGGCGGGAAGGAAAUCGAGGAGUUGAAGAUGAGUGGUGCGGCGGUCGAAGUUAUGGAGGGCGUUCUGACUGUGGAUGAGUAA